CAAAAGAACAGUUCAUUCGCGAAUCGGACAUAGCGAAUCUAAACACCACCGGAAACAGAGGAGAAGCGCUUAAGUGUUUGUUUUGGUGAAUUUGACAGUGAACUGAAAAUACACCAUAAACAUUUGUUUAUCGCUGAUUUUUAAGUAACGUUACUCGCUCUGAAAUUAUGAAGCCAGCAGUUGAUGAAAUGUUUCCCGAGGGAGCCGGUCCGUACGUGGACCUGGAUGAGGCAGGCGGCAGCACUGGACUGCUGAUGGAUCUGGCCGCCAACGAGAAGGCAGUACAUUCGGACUUUUUCAACGAUUUUGAAGAUCUGUUUGAUGACGAUGAUAUUCAGUGAUGAAGAGGAAGAAUAGGAUGGAUUUCUCGAUUGUAUAAAAUGUUGUACAUUUAAGUGUUUUUUCUGUCUUCACUUUAAGAGUGAUGUUGCAUUGUUAACGCUGUUCAAUAAUAAACUUUUGUGCAAUACAAA